AUGGCUGAUCAGGCCGCCGAGCCGCGAUGGCCUGUCAUACGUAUUAUGAGUUCAAGACAGACCUGUUCGGAAUGCGGCCGGGCAUUCAGCCGCCCUGAGCAUUGCGCGCGGCACAUGUUGACGCACCGCGAUGUGAAACCGCAUGGUUGUGAUUUCUGUGGGCAGCGAUUUCAACGCCUGGAUGCCUUGCAACGACACAUGGACAAGUCCUGUGUGGAGCGGUUGGUUGCAAUGGGAGCUAUUCCCACGAACGAGCCACAAAACAAGCGGCGAAGGAGCACCCCUACAUACCCUCCGGAGAGAACUGACAGCAAGGAUGAGAGCAACCAGCUUCGGCCGUUAUCGGUACAAGAUUUCGCCGUUCCUAAAAUCCCAUAUGCUAGACCUUCGGCUCCGGAAAUCAGCCAACAACUACAACCCUAUGAUGGGUUGAAUCCGUUGAGUAAUCUGACCGAACUACUGAAUUUUCCGAAUCCACAAAUCGGCUUUGACAGCAAUUAUAUGUUUUUUGACCCAAAUUUCUCCAUGUGGGGAGAUACUUAUUAUUUUAACGCCCCAAUAACCACUACACGUACUAUGAUGAAUGAUGGAGAGACAUCAAACGCUCAAAAAAAUACCGAUAUCAUGGCCACCUUUGAAAAUUUCAUCAGGUUCACCAGUCCAAAUGAGCUAUCUACAGUUGACUCGCAGGUGCAGCGCUAUCUUCAGACACCUCAUAUUCCUCGGGCAUAUGAUUUGAAUUCACUAAACAUUCUGAUCAAUAUUUUUAUGAGGCACAUCACUCCCAUGUUCCGCUCUUUUGACGGCUUUAGGAUUGAUGAACACACUCUACCGGAACAAAUCCUUGGAGCUGCAGCCAUUGGAGCCUUGUUCUCGGCAGCGCCCGGUAAUAUAAAAGUUGCCAGGUUACUCUAUGCAGAUUGUAGCCGAAUGCUAUGUGGCCACGAACUCACUUCAUCGCCAAAGUUGAAAAGUCUAGUUCAGACAUAUCUGCUUAUGGAGCUCUUUGGUAUCCUUAGCGGUCAGAAACGGGCCACGGAACUUAGUGAAGCGCAUCAUUAUGCAUUGGUUCAAGAGUGGAGUGACUAUGACGAGUUUCUUUCGUCGAACGAAAGAAGCGAACUUGAAAGGGAGCAGGGAGAAAGGCUAUUUUAUGAUAUAAUGACCAUCGAAGCCCUAAGAUUCUCUUUGAUGCAACUACCGCCCGUGCUGAGCCCAUUCAACACACGCUACAUUCCUUCAUAUGUCAACAACAUGUUCAAUAUAAACUCCGACGCCGUUCUUCAAUGUCUCAACGAAACACCCGGCCAAGAAAUAUCAUCGGACACCACAUACCAAGAAAUUGCACUUAUCGCUGUAGCAGCCUGGAACGCCAGCGGCCGCUGGAGCCCCCAGACAUACGAAGCCGGAAACCGGCGUUGGCGCGCAGAGCUGAUCGAGACCGCCCUCCUUCGGUUCACGACGCAUCACAAAAGCGUGAAAUCUCACUGCUCGUCCAUGAUAUUGUGCUACAUGAUCGUUUUGAGCUUGCACGUCUCCUUUGGCAUCCUGGCCAGUACGGCAAAUUGCGUCAUGGCCAAACGCCAAGUCCCGUCUCACGUCGAAGAGACGAGGGUGAACUGGAUGCAAAGCAACGACCAGCUCAAGGCAGUUCGGCAUUCAAAGGCAUUACUAGACACUGCGUAUGAAGGACUUCGUCGGAACUCUCCGGCCGACUCCUAUCAGCCCGAAUUUGCCGCAGAUUCCGGGUGUGAGGGGCCGCAUGAUGCUAUCUGUAUCUACCUCGCUGCUCUUGUUUUGUGGGCGACCGGUCGAGAAAACAAUGAUUCUGAGCUGUAUUCUCAGGAUGUGGGCAAAGCCAUGGAGUGCUUGGAAUCGUUGAAAGCUGCCAUAGCUCCGAGUUUUAGAGAGUCUCUAGGGAUAUUGGUUAAUGAGAAGACCACGUAA